AUGGGCUUCUUCAUUAGUGAUUUGCAUAGACACAUUGAACAACUGUAUCAGGAACAAUAUGCAGGUACAACUGCUGCUAACACCUUCAUCGUUUAUCGUGGUCGAGGUUUAUCUACAGGAGAUUUUGAACAAAUGAUCAAAACCAAAGGUGGUCUUAUUUCAUUCAAUAAUUUCUUGUCUACUAGUAAAGAUCGUGAACUUUCCCAUGCUUUUGCUGAAAGUAAUCAGGCCAAUCCAGAUUUAGUAGGAAUACUUCUUGUUAUGAAAAUAGAUCCAUUUCAAUCAACAACACCAUUCGCUUCAAUUGCUGGAAUUAGCAAGUUCCAAGGAGAAGAGGAAGUCUUGUUUUCGAUGCAUAGCGUGUUUCGUAUCCACGAUAUUAAACAGAUGGGUAGAAAUAAUCAUUUAUACUCUGUAAAAAAAAAAGGCACCAUAGGGAACUAUUAAAGGUUUUAGCGAGCAUUCAGAACCUUUUAAGGUUUCGUUCUUUCAACAAGAAACCAUGAAAAGGUUUCAGACAAUUUAAAAAACCAUGGUGGGUUUUGGAAUAGUUCAAAACGCCUAAAACAGUUCUGUCUCACACCAAUACUUUUGAUAAAAAACCAUAAUUGAUAGAAAAUGGUUCCAUAUGUUCAAAGAAGUUCUGUCUCACACCAAUCAUU